AUACUGAUACGACUACAAUGUAAACGAAUACGCGUGGCAUUUCGUCAGAUUGAGAAACGUUUGAAAUAAAAAAGAAAGAAACGAUAUAUCGACAGAAAAUAAUCAUACGUCGAAGGAAGAAGCGACUCUUACAUCCUUUCAGAAAAUAAUUGUACAAUUUCGAUCAGCAUUUAACAGGCAAAGCUAAACUGAAACCACGAGUUUUCGACCGUAAUAUCUUUACGACACUGCUGCCACCUGCAAAUUGUGUGUAAUAUCGAAUGUAUCAACUUCGGCGACAAUUUACUUGAAAAUAAUUAAGAGACGUGUUACGAUUAAAGUAUAAUUAUGUGAUGUGUAAGAAGCAUUUAAGUUGCAAUGAGUGUAUAAGUUUCAAAAUUUUUCAUCGACAUUGUUUGUGACAAACCUUACAGGUGUAUAUGCAAACGCGAUAACAGUAUUUGAUUCCAGUAAUGGCAUGAUCGUAUUAAGUGCAAAAGGCUUAAUUCGUACUACGUACAUAUGGCAGUGAUUUAAUUUGAUAUGACAAUAAUAUAAGUUUGCGUAACAUCUAAAUAAUAUAUUUAAUUACUUUCGUAAUCUGAGUCUCGUGUCCGGCAACAAAUAUGGCAGCGACAAAUGAUACAAAUCUCGAUUUUAAGGUUACAAUGGAAUAUGCUGACCCACAAAAUGUUGAGGGUGAAAUGACAGUAGGCUCUAAACAGAAAUCAAAUCUUGGGGAACCUGAAUUCAAUACCUUAGACGAACCAAUCAGAGAUACAAUUCUUAGAGAUGUUCGAGCAGUGGGCAAGAAGUUUUUUCAUGUUUUAUAUCCCGUAGAGAAGAAAAGCUUAUUAAAAGAAUGGGAUCUUUGGGGACCAUUAGUAUUAUGUACAUUCAUGGCAAUGAUAUUGCAAGGUUCUUCUGAUACAGCAGAUAGUUCAAACGAUGGAGGACCAGAAUUUGCUGAGGUUUUUGUAAUUGUAUGGAUUGGAUCUAUGGUUGUUACGUUAAACUCCAAAUUAUUGGGUGGUAAUAUAUCCUUCUUCCAAAGUAUUUGCGUCUUAGGAUACUGCUUAUUGCCGACCGCCAUUGCUCUAAUUUUAUGUAGAAUUAUAUUAAUGGCAGAACAGACUACUUUCCUGUUUAGUCUAAGGUUUGUUAUUUCUAAGAUCGGAUUCGCAUGGGCAACAUAUGCAUCAAUGGCAUUCCUUGGUGACAGUCAACCCGUAGGGCGGAAAGCUCUAGCCGUAUAUCCAAUAUUUUUAUUCUACUUUGUAAUUUCAUGGCUGGUUAUAUCUCACACUACAUAAGAUAAAAUAUAAAUCGUUUACAAUAAUAAAGACUGUACAUUACUCCGUGUCUGUACACAAAGUGACGAAAAAAUUGCAAUUGUAGUCUGCAUUGUAUUUUGUAAUUAUCGAAA